CUUUGUAAACGUCACUUUUAACACUUCAUUGUUCAGAAUUAAUCCGAUUAUUUGCAAUUCCUUUAUUAAAGUAUAAGUAAAAACGAUGUGCAUAUCUAAACGACUUAUAUAACUCUUUAACAAAAUAAAUACUGUAUGGCCGGGAAGAGGGGCCGUUCGAAAGCGGCUAACACAGCAUCAGCCCCUGUUGUUGUUGUUGGGGGUCGCCAAACAACGAGUGCAGCCCCAAAGCAACCAACAUUCGAUGAUUUAAGUGUUUUGACGAAAGAUCAAUUGAAAGCGGAGUGUAGAAAACGUGGUCAAAAAACCACCGGAACUAAAACCGAAUUGUUACAACGUUUGGUGCACAAGAUGACAUCAAAAAAACAUUUAAACGUAACCACCAACGGAUCAGCGCCUCCGUCCGAGAAAAGCGCCCGUCCCCAAUCACGUAAAGAUGCCUCAAACAAACAAUCCGAAAAGGACGAACGAAGCGGAAUAGUUCUCCACAAAAAACCUUUACUCACCUUAGAAUAUUUCGCGAGGGAAGUUUUUGUAUUAACCGGAAUUUACGGAAGAAAAUUUUUGGAGUUUCGAAAAACCGUCGUUUUUAUCGCGAUCUUAACGAUUUCGAUGACGUGCAGCUUAAAAUUUAGCGGCCCCCAACAGACUUUAGCCAACAAUUUGUACAAACAAUUAUUGUGGUGUCUUUAUUGGUUAGGUUUAGGAAUUUUAUCUUCGGUGGGGCUCGGAACUGGUUUACACACUUUCUUAUUAUAUUUAGGACCCCAUAUAGCUCAAGUUACGAUCGCCGCGUAUGAAUGUGGGUCUUUAAAUUUUCCUGAACCACCAUAUCCUGAUGAAGUUGUAUGUCCAGCAGAUGGAAGCACAUCUGAUAUUUCGAUUUGGUCGAUUAUAUCAAAAGUGAGGUUAGAAUCGAUGUGUUGGGGGGCCGGAACUGCUUUAGGCGAGCUUCCCCCGUAUUUUAUGGCGAGAGCAGCGCGAUUAUCGGGUAUCGACCCCGAUGACGAAGAUAACGAUUUAGCAGAAUUUGAAGAAUUACAGCGCAAAAAAAAGGAGGAUUUGACCCUAAUUGAAAAGGGGAAACUGUUCGUGGAAGAUAUAGUACAAAAAGUGGGAUUUUUAGGAAUCUUGGCUUGCGCUAGUAUCCCAAAUCCACUUUUUGAUCUCGCCGGGAUAACUUGCGGGCAUUUUUUGGUUCCAUUUUGGACGUUUUUCGGUGCGACGCUUAUUGGGAAGGCUUUGAUUAAGAUGCACAUUCAAAAGCUGUUUGUGAUCAUCGCGUUCAACGAGGCGUUGAUUUUGACGGCUUUGGAGUGGUUAAAAGUUGUUCCGAUUGUGGGGGAGGCGCUUCAGAUCCCGUUUAAAACGUUUUUGGACGACCAGAAAACCAAGCUGCAUCGAAAAGGGGUCGGUGGGGACGCGGAAAAGAGCGGAAAUAUUUUGUCCUCGAUUUUUGAGAAGUUUGUUAUUGCGAUGGUGAUAUAUUUCGUAGUUUCGAUAGUUAAUUCGUUGGCUCAAAGUUACCACAAGAGGAUUUCGAAGGCUAAAAAAAUAAACUAGUAAAUCAUUUAGACCGUUAGAUAUCUUUUUCUUUAUUAGAAUUGUAUGUGUGUGAGAGAUUUCGGAUUUAAAUUUGAUUGAGUGAUGUUUAGGAAUAUUAAAAAAAGCAUUCCCUUAAAAACCUCGAUGGGUUUUUAUUAGUUUGAUUACUAUUUGUCCUAAUUUAUUAGAUUCCUUUUGAUUAAAAAUGUUAAAAUGA